GCUAAAUCGCCCUGGUUUGUCCCUUUCCCAAGAUGGCGGCGUUACGAGUCACCGUGCAGAAACUCCUGCAGGCCAGGUCGGCAGUUUCUCCCCUCCUCGCCGUGCCAGCACUGUCUAGAGCCUGUCAUCACGGGCAUCAUUUUGAGUACAUCAAUGUGAGCAAGGCGGGAGAGAAACAGAACGUCGGAAUGAUCGAGUUGAACCGACCCAAGGCGCUGAACGCGCUGUGCGACGGCUUGAUGGGGGAGGUCAAGACUGCACUUGAGGACUUUGAAGCAGAUAAGGAAGUGGGCUGUAUCGUCCUGACCGGGUCGGGUCAGAAGGCGUUCGCGGCAGGUGCCGACAUCAAGGAGAUGUCUAUCCGAAAGUUUCAGGAAGUCUUCGGCGGUAACUUCCUCUCCAACUGGUCCCACCUUGCGGAUACGACCAAGCCCGUCAUCGCGGCUGUGAACGGCUACGCACUGGGCGGCGGCUGCGAGAUCGCCAUGAUGUGUGACAUCAUCUACGCCAGCGAGAAGGCGAGGUUCGGGCAGCCGGAGAUCGCCCUGGGGACCAUCCCGGGGGCGGGGGGCACCCAGAGGCUGACCCGGGCGGUGGGGAAGUCCCUCGCCAUGGAGAUGGUACUGACCGGUCUCCCCAUCACAGCACAGGAGGCUCAGCAGGCCGGACUGGUCAGUAAGGUCUUCCCUCCAGACCAGCUGGUCAGCGAGGCCAUCAAGGCGGCCGAGAAGAUAGCCAGUCAUUCCAAGCUCGUAGUGGCCAUGGCUAAGGAGGCGGUCAAUGCCUCACAAGAGAUGACCCUUAGGGAGGGGGUUCACUUUGAGAAGAGGCUGUUCCAUGCCUCCUUUGCUACUAAUGACAGAAAGGAAGGCAUGGCAGCUUUUGUAGAGAAAAGGAAGGCUGAGUUCACAGAUAGCUAAACAUACAGUUUGCCAUAUCCUGGGUAGCUUACUCCACAAGAAAUGUGUACUGUUACUCUAUAUCAACAUUUAUCACAUAAUAAAUGUGCCUGAAAGUAGACCCAAAAGAUUGUCUUUAUCAAACAGUGUAUUGGAUGAAAAAUGGAACUGAAGGAGUACUUAGAAUUCUCUCUUAUAGCUGUAAGUUCUGCCAGUUAAGAUUUUUUCUGUGCAUCUAUGAUACCUGUUUGAAGACAAUCAUGUAUGUAACUCAGAUUAGACAACAAGAACAGAGGUUUCAUUAAAAAGUCACAGUAUUGACAUGAACAUGGUCAUCACAAUGAGUGUAAGUUAUGUCAAUCAUUCCUAACAUGUAGCUGUGGAUGGCUGAAGCUUGUACUGAUGAAAUAAACUGGAUGCAGUGUA